GCGCAUGCUCCCGAGAGCCCCAGCCCACCCUUCUCAGGCCUCCCAAGUAUUUCAUCCCUUGAUUUUCCUGGCCCGCCGCUCAGUGCCCCAACUCUAGGACAACAGAGCGCAGCGGGCGCGCUCACAGAGGGCGCAGCCGAGGGUCGGUGGAUCGCGGUGCGGAGACUGAGGUUGGGAGGCAGGUGGCGAGAUGAGCCGGGUACCAGCGUUCCUGAGCGCGGCCGAGGUGGAGGAACACCUCCGCAGCUCCAGCCUCCUCAUCCCGCCUCUAGAGACGGCCCUGGCCAACUUCUCCAGCGGCCCCGAAGGAGGGGUCAUGCAGCCCGUGCGCACCGUGGUGCCGGUGACCAAGCACAAGGGGUACCUGGGGGUCAUGCCCGCCUACAGUGCUGCAGAGGAUGCCCUGACCACCAAAUUGGUCACCUUCUACGAGGACCGCGACAUCACCUCCAUCAUCCCCUCCCACCAGGCUACUGUGCUACUCUUUGAGCCCAGCAAUGGCACCCUGCUGGCGGUCAUGGAUGGAAGUGUCAUAACUGCAAAGAGAACAGCAGCAGUAUCUGCCAUUGCCACCAAGUUUCUGAAACCACCCAGCAGUGAAGUGCUGUGCAUCCUUGGGGCUGGGGUCCAAGCCUACAGCCAUUAUGAGAUCUUCAUAGAGCAGUUCUCCUUUAAGGAGGUGAGAAUAUGGAACCGCACCAAAGAAAAUGCAGAGAAGUUUGCAGACACCGUGCAAGGAGAGGUACGGGUCUGUUCCUCAGUCCAGGAAGCUGUGACAGGUGCAGAUGUGAUCAUCACAGUCACCUUGGCAACAGAGCCCAUUUUGUUUGGUGAAUGGGUGAAGCCAGGAGCUCACAUCAAUGCUGUUGGAGCCAGCAGACCCGACUGGAGAGAACUGGAUGAUGAGCUCAUGAAGGAAGCUGUGCUGUAUGUGGAUUCCCAGGAAGCGGCCCUGAAGGAGUCCGGAGAUGUCCUGUUGUCAGGGGCUGAGAUCUUUGCUGAGCUGGGAGAAGUGAUUAAGGGAGUGAAACCAGCCCACUGUGAGAAGACCACGGUGUUCAAGUCUUUGGGAAUGGCAGUGGAAGACACAGUCGCAGCCAAACUAAUCUAUGAUUCCUGGUCAUCUGGUAAAUAAAACAAAGGAGCUUGGUGCUCGAGGGACGUUGCUGCUGGUUCUCAUAAUUUCUAGAGUAAACGAGGGAGUCCAACCCCAGUGAACUCUUGUUUUGUGCUUAUUGUGUUUUACCUUAGGUGCUGAGAUCCUCGUUUAGGUUUGUAGUUGGAAAGCAAAACUAGGUAACCAUUUCUUCUGUUAAACGAAGUUAUAAUAGUGUUCGUUUCCCUUUAUGUUUCCCUGAAAUAAAGCACUUUCCAAUUCUACA